CUGAGCAGCAGCCGGUUGUUUACGGGGUGAUGAGGACGCACUGCUGGCCAGCUGUCAAAAUCAUUAGACAGGAGGAAAACCAGCACAGGUACCACUUGGGAGCACGGCUCUGAACCCGUCGUCACUUAGCGGGCAUAGUUUAUGUUAAAUGUGUUCGUGUUCGGAAGUUUUAGCACUAUCUGAAUUUAGACCGAGAAACGGGAGAAAGGGGGAGUCCGUUUGCUACAAGCUAGCCGCAAAGAGGCGAGACGGUACAGGAGGUUGUUUCAGAGGUUCUCAGAAAUUGACAAGGGACUGUAGCACACACAGCCGGUCUUCAGUUCUUGCUGGUUUUGCCCUGUUGCAGCGGCACCAUGGCCAGCCGUGAAGAGUCCAAGAAGAUGAAUGGCAAUUCUGGUGACUCUUCUACCCUUUUGGAAACACCCAAAGUGAGCAUGCAGCUUAAAAAAGAGAUCUCAUUGCUUAAUGGAGUCAGUCUGAUCGUAGGAAACAUGAUAGGCUCUGGGAUCUUCGUGUCCCCGAAGGGUGUCCUCAUUUACAGUGCCUCUUACGGACUCUCAUUAGUCAUCUGGGCGAUUGGAGGUCUGUUCUCAGUAAUUGGGGCCCUUUGUUAUGCUGAGCUGGGCACCACAAUCACCAAAUCAGGAGCCUCUUAUGCAUACAUACUGGAGUCAUUUGGUGGUUUUAUUGCAUUUAUUCGUUUGUGGACAUCUCUGCUGAUUAUUGAGCCCACGAGCCAGGCAGUCAUAGCCAUCACAUUUGCAAACUACCUGGUGCAGCCGCUCUUCCCAACAUGUGAGCCACCGUAUGCGGCAUCCAGGCUCAUUGCUGCAGCAUGUGUUUGCCUGCUGACAUUCAUCAACUCUGCGUAUGUAAAGUGGGGCACCCGUGUUCAGGACAUUUUCACCUACGCUAAGGUGGCAGCCCUGAUCGUCAUUAUAGUCACUGGCAUCGUCAAGCUAUGCCAAGGCUAUACAGGCAACUUCGAAUCAUCCUUUCAGGGAUCAUCUACCGACCCCGGUGACAUUGCAUUGGCGCUGUACUCUGCCCUGUUCUCUUACUCUGGCUGGGACACUCUCAACUUUGUAACUGAGGAGAUCAAAAGUCCUGAAAAGAACCUGCCCAUGGCGAUUGCCAUCUCUAUGCCGAUUGUCACCAUUAUUUACAUCCUCACUAAUGUUGCCUAUUAUGCUGUUCUGGAUGUCAGUGCUAUACUGGCCAGUGAUGCAGUUGCAGUGACGUUUGCCGAUCACACGCUUGGUGUAAUGAGCUGGACCAUUCCCAUUGCUGUGGCUUUGUCCUGCUAUGGAGGCCUCAAUGCAUCUAUUAUAGCUGCAUCCAGGUUGUUCUUUGUGGGAUCUCGUGAGGGUCACCUUCCAGAUGCUUUGUCCAUGAUCCAUAUACAGAGAUUCACUCCGAUUCCUGCUCUGAUCUUCAAUUGUGUCAUGUCACUGAUCUACCUGACAGUGGAAGACGUCUUCCAGCUUAUCAAUUACUACAGCUUUAGCUACUGGUUCUUCAUGGGGCUGUCCAUCGCUGGCCAGAUCUACCUCCGCUUGAAGGAGCCAGACAGACCCAGACCUCUUAAGCUCUCAUUAUUAUACCCGGUGGUGUUCUGCCUCUGUACCAUUUUCCUGGUGGCAGUUCCUCUCUACAGCGACACCAUCAACUCCCUGAUCGGCAUUGCCAUUGCCCUGUCUGGUGUUCCAGUCUACUUCCUGGGUGUCUACCUGCCAGAGUCCAAACGACCACCUGUCAUCACUAAGCUGCUGCGUUCUCUGACUGACUUCACCCAGUACACCUGCUUCUGUGUGCUGACUGAGAUGGACAAAAGUCAAUAGACUCUGUUACACUUUAAAACCCAGGAGUUUGUGCAUCCUCACAGCCAACAGAUGUGGCCUUCAGCUGUAUAAAACAAACACUCCUUUGUUGUACUGUCCACUGUCAUCUCAGAGUUGUUUACAGCACUGAAGGUGCUGCAACAGAUGCACAUAUUCACCUAAAGAUUUUUGUUCUGGGAAAACAUUUCAAGGUGCAGUAGAGAGGUGGUUAUGCAGUUUAUUUAUUAUGAAUCCUUAUUAAGUUUAGCAGGUAAUUUUAUAGACUAUAUGCCUUUUAAACAGUAUAUGCCUUUGAGACUUCACUGGUGCUAUGAACAUGACUGCAGGGACCAGAGCAUAAUGCAGGUAAAUAUUCUCUCCUGGGUUCCAACUAAAAGGUGUGAGUGUGUUUAACAUUGAUCUAAACUAUUGGUCUUAUUUAUUUUCUAAUGAAGAAGGGGAGAAAAUACUGCUGCUGCUAUUUGAGGACAGUGACAUCCCUGUAAUGUCAUUGCCUUUAUUUACUCUUGGCCUCAUUGCUUGUAGUUUC